AUUCAAUUUCUUAUUCGAGUUCAACCAGCUAUUACCUCGAUCUUAACGUAAAAUGUAGGAUGACUUCAUCUAUUCAGGCAAUCGAAUCCUCUUCACAUCACAUUUCUACCGAAGUCAAUAUUGAUGGAGAUCCCAAAGUUGCAAGGGUUAGCUUAGCAGAUGACGUUACUUAUUUAGAAAAGGAUUUCGUAUUGGUUAUUAAAAGCCAAGAUCUUGAUGUGCCAAGGGCAUUCGUUGAAUAUAACCCAGCAACCGAAACCAAUUGUGUUAUGCUUACCUUGGUGCCCAAAUUUGCGCUUAGUGAAGUCUUAGUAGAAUUAAUAUUUAUUAUAGAUAGAUCAGGGUCAAUGAAAGGCGAACCUAUUCAAAAAGCGGUCCGAACUCUUCAACUGUUACUCCAUUCUCUUCCAGAAGGCUGUUAUUUUAAUGUGGUAUCAUUUGGCUCUGAUCACGAUUCACUAUUCCCACAAAGUCAACUUUAUUCCGAAGCCACUCUUACUCAGGCUCUCGAUCAUGCUAAAACUAUGAGCGCCAAUUACGGCGGUACGGAAAUCUAUAAUCCAUUAAAAUGGGCAUUCGACAAUUCUAGAUUCGACAUGCAAACAUCUGUUUUCCUCCUUACUGACGGUGAAGUUUGGAAUGUCGAGGCAUUGGUGGAACUUGUUCGCACUAAUGUUGAACAGAAGAAGGAUAACCUUAGAUUGUUUUCUAUUGGAAUUGGUGAUUCUGUAUCUCAUAAUCUUGUCGAAUCUGUUGCACGUGCCGGAAAGGGUUAUACACAGCAUGUAACCACUAGUGAACGCAUGGAUAAGAAAAUUAUAGGUAUGCUAAAGAAUUCCAUCAGACCACCAGUUAAGGAUUAUAAGAUUAUCUGGGCAGAAAAUGAAUCUGAAUAUGAAGAUCUUGAUAAUGAGGAGGCCGAGACGAAACCAACAAUCAGCAUCUUCAACAAAAAUCCUAACCCUCCUCCACAAGAAUCUUUAGUCGUUGCAAAUGUCAAAACCAAACAAGCACCAUUUAUCAUUCCACCGAUUUAUUCUGGAGUUAGAUUUGUUGUUUAUUGUAUGCUAGGAAAUGGUGUUAUUCCAAAUAAGGAGAUCAUAUUAACCGCACAAUCUUCAGACGGACCCAUAAAACUCACCGUUCUUUUAGAUCCAGUAAUAUUACAAGGGUCAAAAAUUCAUACACUUGCCGCCAGGAAACUUAUUCAGGAUCUUGAGGACGGCACCUCCUUUAUUCACAAGCAUCCAAAGAACAAAGGCAAGCCAAUCCCGGCUUCAGUUAUAGAGGAACAAAUUGUCUAUCUGGGAAAAAAAUUUAAUUUGGCAUCGAAACACACGAGUUUUCUUGCAAUUGAUGAAGUUAAUGAUCAAUCAGUUGAAAAUUUGAUUCGUCUUGAUAGGAGAAAAGUUCCUAUACAGUUGCCUUCUGGUUUCGGAGGCCUGCCUACAGGAGCAUCGACUCAUUAUCGAAAGAGAAAAAAAAGAGCUGGCGUGUCACCAGCAUCAGCAUCUCUUAGAUCGGCUCCUACUCGUAAAUCGGCUCCUGUUUUAUUAAAAAAAACAAGAAGUAGUCGAACUAUUCAAGAAACUUCAAGAAUAGCAAAUGAUUACAGACCCAAACUAAAUUUUAAAGAAUCGAAAAUCGAAGUAUUAGACGAGUUUGUUAAAUUUCAAUCAUUUGACGGUAAAUUCAGCCCUACCGCGCAUUUUUAUUCGUGCUUCGAUAGGGAAGGCAAAGACUUCAAAGAAAUUGAUAUCGACAACGAAGAUAUUUUAUGCACUGCAUUAGCAAUAGAAUAUUUGGAGGUAGUGAUGUUUGGGCAAUUUAAGGAUGAGUGUGAGAUGUGUUGGGAAAAGGCUAAUAAAGCACUGAAAAAAUUAGUUGAUGAAAGUGAGUUUGACGACGUUUUGAAGAAAACUAGAGAUUGGAUUUUAAAUUGGGUAGGAACACAUUGA